AUGGGGCAAACAUUAUCAGAACCAGUUAAAGACAAAACUUCAGAUAUUCGCAACGAUGCCAGGCUUGUAUUUGCCUCUUCAGCAAUGCAAGGCUGGCGUAUCAGUAUGGAAGAUGCUCACACUACUGAACUUGAACUUGCUAAUCGUCCAGGUUAUAGUUUCUUUGGUGUUUAUGAUGGUCAUGGAGGACAAAAUGUUGCAAGAUAUAGUGGUUCAAAUCUUCAUCAGAAAAUUGCAGGUGACACAAAUUUUCCAACAAAUAUUGAAAAUGCAAUAAAAAGCGGGUUUUUAGCGAUCGAUGACGAUUUAAGAAAAGAUCCUUCUGGAUGUACUGCAGUAAUUUCAGUAAUAACCCCUGAUAAUUAUAUUUAUGUUGGAAAUGCCGGUGAUUCUAGGGCAGUCAUAAGUAUAGACGGUACUGCAAGAGACAUGUCAAACGACCACAAACCUGUAAAUCCGGGAGAAAGUAGUCGUAUUCAUAAAGCUGGUGGAUUUGUUGAAUUUGGCCGUGUUAAUGGUAAUUUGGCUUUAUCACGCGCUAUUGGUGAUUUUGAAUUUAAACAAAAUACAAAUUUUGGCCCAGAAGAACAAAUCGUGACAGCAUACCCCGAUGUCCAAAAGAUCAAGAUAGAGCCUAAUAAAACAGAAUUCUUGGUUUUAGCUUGUGACGGGAUUUGGGAUUGUCUAACGUCACAGAAAGUUGUUAGUUUUAUUCGUCAUGAGUUAUGUACGAAAAGAUCUUUACAAACUGCUUGUGAAAAUUUGAUGGAUCGUUGUUUGGCAAAAGAUAGUGAACUUGGUGGUAUUGGCUGUGACAACAUGACCGUCGUUAUUGUUGGUUUUCUUAAUGGCAAGAGUUUGGAUGACUGGUACGAUUGGAUGGCUAAUCGCUAUGGUUCUUUAGGUCCUGAUUUUUCCGAUGAAGUCGAGCCAAGAAGUCACACGGAAGAUUACGGUAGUAUGGAUGAUGAGAACGAACAAGAUUUAGAAAUUCCUGAGAGCCCAGACAUUGAUACUCGCCCAAAUAGUGGUAGAAGUACUGGAAGUAUUGAAGAUGAUAUCAAUAAUUAUGAUAAUCAAGGACAACCAAUCAUUCCCACAACACCUAUCACUGUUGUUAGUGCUACCAAUAAUACUAUUGUUGAUAAUAACAUUCCUAUUAAUAUUAAUACCAACAAUAAUGACAGUACCAACAAUAAUGACAGUACCAACAAUAAUGACAAUAUUAAUAAUCAUAAAAGUAAUUUAUCUAAAAAAAAAUAA